AUGGGUAAGUUCAUCCUGAAACGACAACAGCCGAAGAUGCUUGUCGACACACUCACUACAGACGGGCAUGGGCAACAUCAACAGCCACAUGGCUCCCCAAAAGAUGACCACCUGCUCGCUUACAGGAAAUACUGCUCGGCCCUAGGAAUUGACGCAGAGAAAGGCACAACCUCCUUCGACGAGCGCAUCCGCAGAGACUAUCGAUGGCAUACCGUCCAAUACUGGUUCGUAGCCUCGAUAGCCAACGGCAUGCUAUGGGCCCAAAUAAUCAUCGGCGCCGCAAUCACAGCACUGGGAGCGACGCAUGCAUCAGGCUCGAAGACAGCCACCAUCUACCUUGGUGCCGCAAGCACCGUGAUAGCAGGAUUCCUAACCUACUUUAAGUCAAGGAAUCAGCCCAACAGGAGUAGGCAAUUCCGCCAGGCGCUGAGAAAGGUGCGAAAUAAAAUGGAUGAAACCGCCCACGAGAUAUCUGACUCGACAACUCCGGAACAAGCCCUCGACAAGGCCAUGGACAUUCUGAAGCUAUAUGACGAAGCGCUCGCCGAAGCUGCAACAAAUUAUCCAGACCUCUGGGUUACGGUAUCAGACAUGAAGAAAUUGCUUCCUGGAGGGAAUGAGACAAGCCCCAACGAGGUUGACGCUGUAACGAAGCCUGACAUUGUCCCUCCUCCCAAGGAUUUUGGAGCUGUGGUUCAAGGCGUUCUGCAGCCUGCGAGCAACCACGCCCAGCCAAACUUGGAGAAUCGAGACGGCAAUCGAUUUCGUAAUCCCGGUGCUCUUGUUGACUCCAGCUGCCAAGCAAAUGAAGGAUCACAUCCACAACAUGAUGAGAUGGUCUCUGCGGAACCAUCAAGGGACCUUGAAAAGCGGAGUGCAUCUGUUGAUGUGAUAUCCACAAGCAACAGCUAGUAGGCUGCCGUGAGGUUAGUUGAGAACUCAUAUCAAAGACGAGCGCUCGUCGCCGUUGCCGGAUCAAGGUGCAGCUCGUCAAGGUGUCAUGCAAUUGGGCAAUCGGGCUUGGGAAUGACGCUGGUAGAGCUGAACUGUGAGAUACGAGACGUGCGAGUAGGGAAGGAUUGGUCUGACAAACAUUGUC